GGUUAAACAUAAACACUGCAAUCAAGGCCUACUCCACUGACCACAAGCAUAACCAAUCGAUUAAAGACCAGGAAAAGUAGAGUAGGGGCAGUAGAAACGUUUCUGUAGUACUGUGUGCUAAUUUGAGUGUGAUCAUGAUAAGAAUCUAGAGAUUUCAGCAUUCUGAGCUAUGUCUUUAUCAAUACGACACUGCAGAAAUCUUAUAAGGGUAUGUUUAUGUAAUAUCAUUUAAUAUGCAAACUAUGACUGUUAUGUAAAUGUCAUGUAGAAUAUGCACACACUAAGAGAUUAUGAUUAUGCCAAAUGGGUGGCUCACCAUAAUUAUUAGUCAGGGCUAAAACAGGGAGCCCUAUUGUAGCCUAUGUUCAUGGAGAUGGUUGAGAUCAGGACCAGUAGCAUAAAUAAAAAAAGGAAAAAGUGGGGGGAGGGGGUGAGUGUGAAGACUGUGACUCUCCCUUCAGCCCUCCUGUUAAAAUGUUCAUAUUAUAUUAAUUAUCAACACUAUUUAAUAGAUGGCAAGAUAGGUGUGUGGUUGCGCAAUUUUGACAGUUCGCCCUUUGACUAGCAUAUAGUCAAGGCAUGCCACUGUGAAACAACUGAUACCAGUAUGCAAAGUCUGCAAAGUCACACCCAACUCCACCACACACACUGCCUCGUCCCCUCUUACACUCCCUCCCCAAAACCUAUAGGUUCUCAUUCCAUACUUCCCCCUAGACCUCUUAGCCUCUUUAAGUGACACCUCCCUCUCUUUAUUCAUGCACCCCACCCAGGCUCUUAUCCCAUACUUCUACACACCCACCCAAACUGUCAUCCCAUACUUCUACAUGCCCACACAUGAUCUCUCAAACCUUUUCCUACCAUAUCCCCUCUAAUCCCCAACCUUAACAGCAACUUCUGUCUUGUAUACUGUUUACUAACAUUCAACAGUCAGAUUCAUUCAAAGAUACUCACCCUUUUAAAAAAAAGCUUUAAAAGGGGGACAUCAGAAAUUGUUCCAUUGUACAAUAAAAUUUGUUGCUGAUCUGGAUAUUUACUUUAAAUAAUGAACACACACUUUUUUAAAGCACAUUUACAGCCACACACCCAGUAUAUAAAAUUACUUUUUAUAUACUACACUAUGUUAACUUUUCCCUGACUAUUUUUACAAUUGAUGCUUAUGUUAGGGGUUUUAAUCUAAUUAUUAUUUUUAAAGAUAAUGUAGCUAUAUGCAUAUCAUAAUAACUUAAAUUACAUCACAUAAAUAAACUUUCAAUGAUUUAUUACAAAGUGCUAAUGAUUUUAUCAAAUGCCCAAUAAAGGUUGCUUUAUGACAGGGGUCUCAAACUCAAAUCAUCCGGGGGCCGCAGGAGGUAGAGUCUGAGUGAGACCGGGCCGCAUCAAGUAUUCCACACAAAAAAAGCGAUUAAAAAUUCAUUAAAGUUCAUCUGUUACAAUCUGCUCAAAAGUUAUUUAUACAGAAUAAAAACAUUAAGGGUUCUAAAGAACUAGGUGUCACUUUCUUCCCCGCUGUUUGUUGUUGCCAUAGACCUGUCAGCGCUUCUUCUUACACAGCUGAGCGACAUUUGGCUUGAGUGAGGAAGCAACUGAGACCAUCAGUAUAGCUUGCAGAUGCUCAUCAGUUAGUUUGUCCCUGAACUUUGACUUGUUAAAGUUCAUAGUGGAAAAGAGCUUUUCACACAGAUGGGUACUUCCAAAAAGGCACAUGAUCAAAUAGAACACCUGGAAAUCUCAGUGAAGGUGGAGGGCAAUGCUCUCAUAAAUUGUCCAUGCUUGUCGGUUUUUGCAUUCACCUCCCUGAACUUAGAAUUGCACUGAAGAUAAAUCAGCUGGGGGGUGGGGGAAUCUUCCACAUUAAAGGAGAAAGGGUCAGCAAAAAGUUGAAAAGUGGCAUUGUGUGUUUUGAAGUCUAAAAACAUAUGAUCAAAUUCUUCCUGUAGCUUUGCAAAGGCACCAGUAUACUUACUACUAAGUUACUACUGAGUGGUGUGCUCGAGUCCAUGAGUACUUUACAUGUUGGGAAAUUGCACAAGUUUUGUGCAGAAUUCCCUGAUAUUUGAUAGGCACCACUGACAAGCUACCCCUCGUCCUGUAACUUAUUGUUGAGUACAUUCAGCUCAAUGAGCAAUUUGGGAUCACUUAGUACCAUGAGCAAUUUGGGAUCACUUAGUACAGGAACAACCACCACAUCCUUAUCCAAUGAGGCUUCACAUGUUAAAACGUGUUCAGAGAGUAAGGAGAAGGCAAUAUUUAUGAAUUCUAUAUGCGACGAAGAUGUUAUUUUAGGGAGAAUGAAUUUUGUUUUUUUAUCGGAAAAAGCGUUUUUUUGACUAAACCUGUUGUGUAAGGAAGCAAGCUGACAGUCUUGGAAUUUACCUCACUUGUAAGCACUAGCGGCAAUUUUAAUAGGGAUUCUUUGAUACCAUGUCAGAUUGCUUCGAUUUACACAAUUAUGGUUGUGCAUUACCCAUUAAAUGAAAUUUUAAACUUUUCUCAAAAUCACGCUUUGGUUUUGGUCAUGUUUGUCUCAUAAAGUGCUAAAAAAUAAAAACAUUUAAUCCUAUUUUAAAAUGGUUUUUACCACCAUAAUCCAUGUCCAAAUUGAUACAAACAUAAUAAAAAUUAGACUAGUUGGUGAGAUUCGACUGAAACCGUCGGGGAGGGUCACAUUAUAGAUGAAUGGGGAAAAUGCGCGGGUCGCAUUAAAACUAAACUUUGAUAUCAUGUGGCGGGCCACGAAUAGCCCACGGGCCACGAAUAGCCCACGGGCCACAAGUUUGAGACCCCUGCUUUAUGAACUGAACUCAAUAUUGCACAUAAUAAUGGAUAAUUUAUAUAGAUAUGACUUCAUAAAGUGAAGCUGUUUGAUGAAAGUCUAAAAAAUUUCACAUUUCUAGGUACUCUCCAAACCCACAACAGUAGUGCGACAUGCAUCCCAGGGAGAUAACUCUAAAAAGCAACAGAUUUCACGUUAUCCCAUCCCAGAUUCAAGCCAUGUGCCUGAAGAUAUGCAAAGGCUGAUGGAGGAGGCAAAGGAGAAAGUAAAUACUUUAAUAACCGUGAUUUAUUUAAAUGUCACUUGAAUUAACUCAUUUUAUUACUGAUAAAUUGUUAGGUGAAGUAUAUUUUUGCCUGCACACAAAAUAAGUGUUUCAUUUUGCAUGCUUUUCACACACAGUUUGGCUGUUAAAAGAUUUUAAAACAUUUUGACUUUACUGACAGGCAGGCUUUGUUCCGAAUGUCUUCCAAGCCCUGUCACACAGACCCAAAGAAUUACGGGCAUUUGUAAAUUAUUAUGAUACAGUUAUGGAGGACCGAGCAGGAGGUAGCAACUGAUUUUCUCUAGUAUUAAAUUUUAAUAUUUUGAUUAUAUUUUUUGGUUAGGGAUAUAGAAUUAAGUCUGAGGAACCUUUCCUACUUAUCUCUAGAAUUUAUUUGAUCAGGAAAUAUCAUGGGUAAGUAAUUGCACUCACAGAAAUGGGGUUUAAAUGUGAACUCAUUGUCCUGCUAGCCAUAGCCAAAUGAUACGGCCUAUCUCUUUAGACCAUAAAUGUUUAGGAAGAAAUAACUGGAACAAAUAUUCCCUUUCUGUCCAAGAAAUUGCAGAGUUCAGUCAAGCUCACCAUGCAGCCCUAUUGUUUGUGCUCGUCAGUGGAUUAAUGUACUUGGAGCAACAAUGUUCCAAUUGUCGUAGGCAGUACAUAUAGAAAUUGAUAUGCAGAAGUUAAGAGACACCCAUGGCUUUCGACUUUCUAAUGGUCCUUGAUAAAUUAAAAAAAAAAUAUAUUUAAUAAUAAUAAUAAUAAAGUUCAUUUAAAAAACACGCUUCAUCCCCAAAGGCUCGAAGCGCGGUACAAAGUCAACAAAAAACAUAUCUAUAAUUCACCACAUUUAAAACAAACACAACACUACAAAAACUAAUUACAAGCAUACAAUAUCAAAGUCAGCGCUUAACUGUAAAUGUGUUAAAAAUCAGAGAAUUUUAUCUUUUUAAAAGUAGAAUUCAGAGUCUCGGUGAAAAAAUCUAAUCUGUUCUUAUUUAAAUUGUUACUUUGAUUCAUUUUUACUUCAGGAACCCCAUUUUCCAAAAUGUGAGGCUGGGUUUCACAUUCAUUCUGCAGAUUUUUCACUCUACAAUGUGUUUGUACUGCAAGGCACCACGCCAUUGACUAUACCCAUUCUCUCAUCCUUGCAUAUUAGAGGUCCCUAUUAUUCACUGGAUAGUUGCACACCCUCCCCUACCAAAGAAAAUUUAAAUAGUCUCAAAAUAAUUGGAUAAUCUCCCCUCUUUAUCCUUAAUUACUAAUAAAAAUUUUAAAAGAAAUGGUAAAUGUGAUCACUUCAUAUUAAAUAAAAAUUUAUGAUUGUAAUUUUUUCCCCCAAAAUCUCAUGAAAGUUUUGGAUAAGCUUUUCUGUUUAAAUGGAUUACAUGACAAUUUUUUUAACUUAAGCUUGCAUUUAAUACUUUCACUUGCUUGUUACAAACCUCAGUUUUAUUAAAUCUUGUUACGAACCACAGUAAUUCAAUUACUACACCUUGUUACAAACCACAGAAAGUAACUUAUUACAUUUUAUAUUUUAAAACCAGGUCACUUAUCAAAAGCAGACAAAGAAAUGAUAAUUGUUGCAGUCAGUGCUUACAAUAAAUGCAGAUACUGCAUCAUUGCUCAUAGUGCAUUAUUCAGGAUUUAUUCAAAGAACAGAAUUCUGGCUGAUCAGGUAGGACAAACAGGAAGUUUCAUCACUUUUACUUAAAUUUAAGUUAAUUAAUUUUUUCAAACACUUGAUGCAUUUUGUUUGUUUUCAUUUUCAAUGCUCCUUGUCUUAAUGUUGAUAUAAUGUUUUUUGUAUGCUAAGACUCAAAAUUAUCUUAUUGAAAAUAAAAAAUAAAAAAAUAGAUUGAACAUGAGUAAGCUGAUUUGAUUCUUUUUAUGUACAAAUAAAAGAUUGCUGCUAAUUGGGAGACUGCUGACAUUGAUGAAAGACAAAGAUCUAUUUUAAAGUUUGCAAUGCUCAUUGCUACAUGCCAGCCGUUGUCAGACAAGGACUUUGAAGUAUUGAGUCAACAGGGCCUUGAUCAGGAAGAUGCUUGGGACAUCGGAUCAGUUGUAGCCUUUUUCUCUCUUUCUAAUCGAAUGGCUUUUCUUACCAGCAUGGCGCCCAAUGAAGAGUUUUACAUGCUUGGAAGAUUACCCAAAUCACCCAAAUAAAAGUGUUGGUGACAUCAUGAAUAUAUUCAAUCAAAAUUUAAUCAGAUUCUUCUUACUACCUGAACUUACUAUAUGCAUAUGCUCUCCCAAAUAAAAGGUAAAAAUAUUGCUAUGUAUUUCAUGUAUGUGUUGGAAGAGAGGUAUUUUAUAGACUUGUAAAUAUGAUAAUUUCAAUUACUGUAUGUAAUGCAUGAUCUGUUGCUGUUAUUUGAAUUCCAUUAAAAAAAUUAAUGUAGUCAGUUUU